AUGGCGUCCACACAGAUCGUCCUCUUUGAUCUGCCAUCCAAGGACCCGCUCGUUACCUGGACACCAAACCCGUGGAAGACUCGCCUUGUCCUGAACUUCAAAGGUCUUGAUUAUCGGACCGAAUGGGUUGAAUAUCCCGAUAUCAAACCGACCCUUGAGAGCCAUGUCUCCCCGGAUGCUGGGGGCACCUAUACUAUCCCCACAAUCGCUCUCCCAGAUGGAAAGUAUCUAAUGGACUCGCGGAAAAUCACGGACUACCUUGAAGAAGCCCAUCCCCAACCAACACUACGCCUCGACUCGCUGUAUCUUCUCAAGGUUGAGGAUCUCUGGAGUCAAUAUAUGGGCGCGCUCCGUCCCGUUUUCAUUCCUGAAAUACCGAAGCGUUUGCUCAACGACGCAAGCAUCGACUACUGGUAUACCACCCGUGAACGUAUGUUCAAUAUGCCACUGGACCGGGUUGAGAAGGAGCUUGGGGGAGAACGGGGAUGGAACGAGACUACCUCGGUGAUUCAGGAGAUCACUGCCCUGCUGAGUGAGAACAAAGGCCCCUUUUUUGAAGGGGAAAUUGUUGGCUAUGCGGACUUCGUGUGGGCCAGUGUCCUCUUGUUCCUCGCGAGAAUCGGUCCAGACUUUCUCGACGAGGCGCUUAAGAGAAGUGGCAAUGCCCAAGUGCAUCUUGACCUUCUGGAGGCUGUGAAGCCGUGGUCGAGCAAGGAUCAUUAGGAGCACGACAUUGUCUUAGAUGCCAGGCAGUGGGAUAUUGCCGAUUAGUAUAUAGUGGGGGAAG